AUGGAAAACGAAUCACCAGCUUCUACCACAAGCAAAAAAAGGGCUCAAUGGACUUCGCAACAGAUGGAAAAUGCUGUUAAAAUGGUACAAAGAGGUAAAUUAUCUACAUAUGCUGCUGCAGCCAGAUACAAUAUCCCAAGAAGAACGCUACGCAACCAUCUAGCGAGUGAGUCGACUACACGAAAGCUAGGUCGGUCGGCUAUAUUGACUACAGAACAAGAAGCUGGACUUGUCAGAAGAAUCAUACGUUUGGCUGAUGUUGGAGUUCCGUUGACAUCAAAGAUGUUGCGCAUACAGGCUUUUUCAUUCUGUAAAAUUAAGAAAAUUCCAAACACUUUCAAUGAUGCCAAAAACGCCGCGGGGAAAAAAUGGUUGAGGUUAUUUCUCAAACGACACCCUGAAUUAGCACGUCGUAAAGCACAGAUUAUGAAUUCAGCUCGUGCUCAAAAAUUAAAUAAAGAUAUUGUUAGCGAUCACUUUUCCAAAUACAAAAGUGUGCUGGAUAGACUUGGAAUUGAACAUAAACCUGAAAGCAUUUACAACAUCGAUAAAAAAAAUUGUCGCAUAUCUUUGCACCAUCAGCAGGAAGUUCUGAUAGCCAAAGGGAGAAAAAGAGUUCAUCAAAUAGCGAAUGAGCAUGCUGAAAGUGUGACUGUGGUAGGCUGCGGAAAUGCUAUAGGAUCAGUUAUUCCGCCUAUGAUAUUGUUCAAAGGCAAGAGACUAAAGCCAGAAUUCCAAGACAAUUUACCUCCAGGCUCUCUGGUGAAGAUGACGCCAAAAGGAAGCAUGACGACAGAAACUUUCAUAGAGUUUAUUAAUCAUUUGCAUAAAUACAGAACAUCAGGGUCAUGUCUCCUCAUAUUUGAUGGUGCAAAAUACCACCUGGACUUUACUAUUGUCGAGGAAGCUGAGAAAUGUGGCAUUACUUUGUACUGUCUUCCGUCGAAUACCACGCACGAGUUACAGCCUAUGGAUAAAUCUGUUUAUCGUUCUUUUGAGCACCAUUGGAACCAAGAGUUGAUUAAAUACGUCAGUCAGCAUCCCGAACGAACCCUUAAUAAGACAAGCUUCAAUGUCAUUCUCUCACAAGUAUGGCCGAAAUGUAUGACUAUUACCAAUAUCUCCAAUGGGUUUCGCGGUACAGGGUUAUAUCCAUAUAACCCAGAUGCUAUUCUUGAAGAGGCGUUUGCGCCCUGUGCGUUAUCAGAAUUUCGAAAUCCUACAAACAGUGACAAUAUUGCUGUCCUAUCUGAUGAAUCGGGUGAACAUGAGAUUUCAACUGCAAAUGUGGAAGAUUCAGAUGGGUCAGGCACAGAUAGUGAGAAUUUGCCACUGACCUUGCUCUUAUCAAACAAUCCGAAUGCUGUGACUCCACAGAAGACGUGUGAGAUUCAUGAAUUUUAA